UAAAGCCACUGAGGAGUUCAACAAGUGUCCAGAACUGACACAAACUGGCCCUAAUUAUACAUCAGAAGAUAAAGAAGUUAUCAUUGUUAAUGGAACAGAAUCAAAAUCAUUAAGAUGAAUCAGAACUGGAAUCAGAUCCGGAAUCCCUACCCAUAUCCCACUGGAGACUCCAAUCUUUACCAAUGAAAGAUUAAGUGGGAGGUUAUCCAAACCUUGAUCAGGUUAAGGGUCUGCUGCAUACUGGCUGUGCUACAGCAUAUGAUCUGGAAAAUCUUUAUCUGAUCAUUCUGCUGUAGAGGGAGCUCUUCAGGAUGAUGCAUUGAUGUUCUGCAACCCUGAAGCACCCAGUGUUCUGGAUUCAGAUCAAGGAUUUAUGCUCUGAGUUGCCAACACCCAACAUUACUAAACUAGUUAUUGAGUCCAGUCCAGUCCAGCUCAAAACUCCACUUCCUGUUUCUGUGAAAGUUCUCAGGAAGUUUUUCAACCUACAAACCAAUGUCCAGAGGAAUCAUUGCUCUCUACCUUCAUAGAUCCCACUGUGCCUCUACAUGAGAGAUCCAGCUUUAAGAGACUGAUGACUAAAUACAUCAGACACCUUAUCAGUGUGACAAAGGAGCUUCUGGGUUCAACCCUCAUUUUGAUUCAUUGUCUUGUUCUCCUGCUCUUCGAACCACAUUGCCAUUGUCCUCACUCACACUGUCACCUCCUGGUCUACUUGGGUGCAAUUUCAUCCAUAGUUGUUUUGUUAGUUCUGAUGGCUACAGCCCUGCCCAAGCUCUAUUGCUAUGGAUUGCUGGUUCUCCAGGGAACCCCACUGCAUCUUUGUGUCAAUCAGGUGAGACUUUCUCUCUUUCAUGUACAAGGUGUGUUGUCGGUCCAUGAGCUACACGUGUGGCAGCUCUCAGAUGCAUGUAUGGUGGCAUCCGUGCAUGGCCACUGCCAAGAAGGGCUGAAAAUGGCAGAGUGCUCAGAUCUAAUGGUGAAGCUCACAGGGGUGCUGAGCAAUUUUGGCAUAAACCACUGCACCGUGCAGCACGAGUUCCUCGCCUCGGACAGAAGUGAUGCUGUGACCAGUGAACAGGUACCUGUGAAGCCAGUUUGCAGCUUGCACUGUGGGCAGGAGUGUGUUGAGAAGCUCUGCUGCUCUCCUCAGGUGGACAAAUCCUGCAUUCUCCAAGAGGAUGGUUCCACCUCUUCCAAAAAGGAAAGUUCAGACUGUCCCCAAGAGGAAAUCUCGUCUCCGGCGUCCUCUAGUGUUGGCAAGAUUAGAGAUGUGGUUAUUGAGAACACAUACCUAUGA